GCCGCCGCCGGCCAGUCGAGUCAGUACGAGCAUACCGCCCAUUGCGUCAGCGCGCGCGCUGCCGUUCGCUCGGCCCGCAAGCCAACAGCUUUCCGCAGCAGUGCAGCUCACCAGCGACGGAUCGACGGCGAGACGGUGGGGCCUCUCGUUUCUGUUUGGCCGCCCGCGCCGCUCUCCGCACGCAGCACUCGGCGGACUGACGCCCCUUGCUUUUCGUCGCCGUUGCCGACGACCUGCGAUAGCGAGCGUCUCGCCAGACCAACGCAGCCGCCGCCGUCGCAGCAGCAGCAGCAGCAGCAGCAGCAGCAGCAGCAGCAGCAGCAGCAGCAGCCCCGUGAGAGCAUCUCUGCCUCUUGCUCGCACGCUCGCCCUCCCCCAGUGUUACGUGGCCGCGGGCGCAGUGCCAUCGAUGGCCUGCGACACUCGCGCAAGCUCCUCCAGCGCCAGCAGAUGGUCAAUGAGUUUUGACGGGCUUCGAGAACAGGGCCAAAGUCUGUGAUUCGCUAUGGGCAAACUUCUGAGCCUUCUGGCUCGUGACGAGUCGACUUGCUGCACUCCACAAAAGUACGACGUCUUCCUAGAUUUUGAGAAUGCUCAGCCGUCAGAGAUCGAGCGACAGACGUUCGAGGCGGUGCAGAGGGUCCUGAAGAACUCCGAGUCGAUAUUACAAGAGAUCCAAUGCUACAAAGGCGCCGGCAAAGAGAUCCGCGAGGCCAUCAGCGCGCCGACCGAGGAGUAUCAGCGGAAAGCUUACCUCACGGUCGCUCCGCUCGUCGCCAAGCUCAAGCGCUUCUACGAGUUUUCCCUGGAGCUGGAACGAGUGGUGCCGAAGAUUCUGGGCCAGCUGUGCUCCGGCAACUUGUCACCGACGCAACACCUGGAGACUCAGCAGGCGCUCGUCAAGCAGCUGGCCGAGAUACUCGAGUUCGUGCUCAAGUUCGACGAGUUCAAGAUGAAGACGCCCGCCAUCCAGAACGACUUUAGCUACUACAGGCGCACCCUCACGCGCGCCUCCCUCGCGCGACAGGACAACGCCAGCGAGAGGGACCUGGUCGUCGGCAACGAGCUCGCCAACCGCAUGUCGCUCUUCUAUGCCCACGCGACACCCAUGCUGCGCGUGCUCAGCAACGCCACCAUCGCCUUCCUCAUGGACAACGAAGACAUACCGAGGGAAAACAUCACGGAGACGCUGGGCACGAUGGCGAAAGUCUGCCUUAGGAUGCUGGAGAACCCAAAUUUACUGGCGCAAUUCCAACGGGAGGAGACACAGCUGUUCGUGCUGAGGGUGAUGGUCGGCCUAGUCAUACUGUACGACCACGUGCAUCCGCAGGGCGCCUUUGUCAAGGGAUCCAACGUCGACGUCAAGGGCUGCGUGAAGCUGCUGAAAGACCAGCCGCCGUGCAAGAGCGAGGGACUGCUGAACGCGCUGCGCUACACCACCAAGCACCUCAACGAGGAGAACACCCCAAAGAACAUCAAGAACCUGCUGGCCGCUUGAUUGCCGAAGCCUCGUGGUUGCUGUAUUCGAAGCUGAACAAAUGCGCGCGGAACUACGAGGAACUACUUCGACACCUGAUGACCUGUUGGCGUCGCUUUCCCAACACGAUGUCCGUGCACGCGUGGCUCGUUCGCGCGCACACGGACAACCUUCGUUCGCGUUCGCGAGCGUCCAUUUAUUUUCGGGCGGUCGUCAGUCUAUGUAUCUCUUUCUUAUUUAUUAAAACCAUCGAACGACCACCUACCUUAUACAAUUCCACGUGUCGAAAUUACAAUUGUGGAGCGUGACAAUUUUUCCUCGUUUCGAGCUCAGGCACUUUCAUCAAGUUUCACUUGCAUCUUGUUGCAUCGCUAUGCAAUCGCUCGGUUUUUCAUUUUCCAAUAAGCAACACUUUUAUAACACGAUAGCUAUCUAGCUUUCUGUCGACGUAGAAUUUUACGAUGAGUGCACAUUGGCAACGAGUAAAAUUUGUAAAUUCAACGAACUCGCCGAUGAACGUACAAGACUUUCUGGGGCAAUCGGAUCACGGCUACGCAUUUUUAAGCGAGUGUAUUAUUAAUUUAUAUAACGUCGAAACCCUUAUUAUAUAUAGUGAUAGAAUAUUUAGGCAAUUAUUACCGUGAUUAUUAUAAGCAUAAUACAAUCAUUAUUCUGAUUAUUGAUAUUGCAAUAGUAUAAAAGUCCUAAUUUCAUUAAAAUUGUACUUCGCGAAGCCCAACACCCUUACUCGAGAAUAACUGCAACGUUCGUUCAUUUGAAAGUUUUGCGAAGACGACAGUAUUUUCUAAUAAAAUCGAUUUUCUAAAUAUCUAUUAUCUAUUUGAAAGCAUCAAUGACUUUUACAAACAUUUCUGAAAGCGUGUACCCAGUUUUGAUAAUAACUUUUCUUAUUCGCCAGUACUCACUUUGAUUUUAAUGGUAUUUGAUGAGUCUUCCCAUUGAACGUUAAACUGAAUCGCACUUGAUUCAAGUAAUAUUAAUUCAGAAAAGUUAAAAAAAUAAGUGUUAUAGAUAUAAGCAUAUGUAAAGUAUUUAAUCUUCUCGGCACAGAUAUUUUUAGGAAUAUCGUUUAGAAUUUAAUUUUUUAUUCAAGGAAUGUGAUUUUGAACAAUUUUUUUGAGUUUGACAAAAUACGUUUUGUUAGUUAUAACCAAUAUUAUUGAUUAAUAUUAAUAACAUCGUGCGAAAUCAUGAAUUAUUAUGUCGAUCAGGAGUCAUUGAAACAAUUCAUAGUUAUCACCCGAAUUCAUCUGCAUAGCGCAGUCUCAAAGCUAUCGUUUGUACUGUUAGUCAACUGCAUAAAUAAUAAUAUUUGUAAGAACCAUAUUUUGUAUUGAUCGGACAUAAGUUCUACAAGGUAAUGCAGUGUAUCUUUUGUUUGAUAUAAAACCAGCGCCUUGAUAACGAACUAUACCUUUCAUUAAAAAAAUCAUUGAGAUUCGACAGUGUCUCAAACAAACUAGUUUCGAACGAGCAAUUAUAUCCUAAUAUGUUAAACUGCCGAGAACAAAAGAGAUCAAUUUCGCGUUGUGGCGAAUAUGUCUUUUAAAAGUAUUGCUGAGAACCAAAGACAAAAAAAAAGUUUAUUGAAAUACUCUUGUACAUUUUGUAGAAUCAUGGAAAAUAUGGAAAUCGAACCGACAUAUAAUGUAAUCUAAGUAAAUGAUAAUGUAUAUGCGUAUCAUUGCUGAUACCAUAUUACAGAGAUAAUUAUUCAUGACAAAAAAAUUGAACUAUCUUUUACACUGAGAUGGAGCGUGGGAGUUGAAGAUUGUGAUAAGGACAGAGUAAGAUAAGAGUGUAAAAUAAUGGAAAAAUUAUUUUCUGUGAUCGUACCAUUAUAUUACAAUGUGAGACAAACGAUAUUAAAAGUGUUCAGCUUGAAAAAAUAAUUAUUGAAAUGACAUUUGGAUAUUCUACAGUCUCAAUAUUUGUUUUCUUGCCUAACGUGACAUUUGAAAACUCACCAACAGUUGACCAGACAUGAAAUAUAUAUAAAAUGAUGUUUAUUAUUUAUUGAAUCACUGGAACUCAUAAUUAUGAAAGUAAAAAAUAGUAUAAUUUACAAUAAUAAUUAUACAUUGUAACUUUUAAAAAGUAUUAACUCAAACUUCUAGCCGAAGUUAUUAUAUAAAUAUAUAACAUUUUACAACAUAAAUCUUAAAGCAAUGAAAGUUUAUUAAGAAAUACUUUUCUGUGUGGAGAGUCAAAUAUUUAUAUUGCCAGGGUCAUCUUUUGUACGCACGCACAAAUCUUCAAAUUUGCCUAUUUACAUUCAAGAGUGUAAAGCGAAUUUUCCUACAAACAUUUAAAACUCUCGAUGUAUUUGUCGCUCUUUUGAAGAUAAGAGACUUGUCAUACUCAGUAACACAGACAAUUUUCGAGUCCACGAUUAUGUAAAUGAAGAAUAAUAUGUAUUAGAAAAAAGUCUGACAUGUAAAGCUUUGAAAUAUAAAAUAUAAACUAUUGAUAAAU